AUGACCAUGAUGUGGCGAUGCAGAGGCUUCAAGCUCUGCGCCGCCAUCGUCCUCGCACUAAUGGCGGUGCUGUUGAUGAGUAGCGCUUCCGCCGCAGAAACCAGCUGUGGCUUCAGCACCCAGCGCGUGCAGUGCGGCGACUUUGCAUGCGACAAGGAGGCGAAAAUUUGUAUUGCGUGUCGUGCGGACGGCGACUGCUACCCUGGCGCGAUGCGCUGCGACGUGAGCUCGAGGAAGUGCAAGAUGCGCAGCUUCACCUCCCUCUUCGGAGUGCGCACUAUCCUUGCGAUGCUGAGCGUUUUCGUUGUCUGCUCCAUUGCCGUGCUCGCUGGCGUCGGUGGUGGCGGCAUUCUGGUGCCCUUGUUCUGUGGACUAAUGGAGGUCCCCAUGCAGUCCGGAGUGGGGAUGUCACAGUCCGCUAUUUGCGGACAGAGCACGCUCAACAUCUACUUGGCCAUCCAGCAAAGGCACCCCGACUCUAGCUGGGAUCGUCCGUUGAUUAAUUACCAGUAUCUGAGCCUGCUUCUGCCGCUCGGCCUCAUCGGCACCUUAAUUGGUGGAGUUCUGAGUAAGCUCUGCCCUGAUGUGCUGCGCCUCAUCCUUCUCCUUGUGCUGCUCUCCGUUGUGCUGUACCGCAGUUGGGAGACGAUGAAGAAGCAGUACCGGCAGGACACGGACCCGAUGCAUGUGACUGUGGAGGCGAGCGACGCGAAUGCGACGUCGCAUCAAAAGAGCUACGACAGCACUGGCAAGAGUCAGAGCCGCGAGCUGACCGAGACGGCUGGCGGUGCCAAGAAGGUGUUAGGCGAAGACAUCGCGGUUUUGCCGACGCCGGAGCAGAGCCCACCGUCUAUCGAGCGCCCGCCGCAAUCGCAAUACCCGCAGCAGGAGCUCUCUAUGAACUUUGCCUGCUUCCUGGUGCUGCUGCUGUUCAACAUUCUCCGGACGUACACGGUGUGCGGCGGCUUCCUAUAUUGGCUGUGUGUGUUGGUUCCCGUAGCCUUUUUGAGUGUCGUGUUCUACUUCAACCGUGAGAAGCUGCGCAAGCUGGCGGAGUCUGACCCGGCGCAGAUGACGUUCACCUGGACUGAACGAAACUCGGUGACUUACCCGAUGGUGGCGGUGCUUGCAGGUGUGUCAGCGGCCAUGCUUGGCAUCGGCGGUGGCCUUGUUCUGGGGUUUGUGCUGAACGAGGUGGGUAUAGCGCCUCAAGAAGCAUCGGUGACGAGCGGUAUGACCACCUUCUUCAUUGCCUUCUCGUCUGUGCUGCAGCUCCUCAUCACGGGUAGCCUUGUCGUUGACUUUGGCGUCGUCUUCUGCAUUGUCGGGCUAUGCAGCAGCGCCUUGGGCCAGCUAGUACUCAUGAAUUACAUUAAGAGGCGCGGCCUGAACUACCUCAUCAUUGGCUCUCUCGUCUUCGUCGUUGGUGGCUCGCUGGUUGCGCUCGGUGGCUACGGUAUCUACAGCGCCGUCAUCUCCACCCAGACAGGCGGCUCCGUGCUGGCGUUUGGCCGCCUCUGUGCGAAAGCGAAGUAG